AAAGGGGCGUGGUUUGCGGAUUUUGCACACACCAUGUAAUACUUCCACCAUGAUCUGCAUACAAAGAGAAAUGUUCUCUGAGAAAAACUGAAAGAAACUUCGGGUUUCGGGUAUGGUUGUUGGCCGAUAGAAUCAGUCGUGUUGUUAUAACUUCAAAAUGCCGGAUAAAGUAUGAAGCUUUUUAAGUUGAUAGUGCAUCAGAAGAAUUUCAGUGGGGAAGAUCUGAUUAUCAACCCAAAAGAUUAUCCUGGAAUUAAAACUGGCGAUGUUGUCGAAAUUUACCAUCCUGAGGAUGAAUCCAGUCGCUUGUUGUUGCAAGUUACUUCCUUUAAAGAGGACUUGCAAGGUCGCGAAACCAUCAGCGUGGAGAAUAACGUAGCAUCGAUGUUCCAGCUGCGAACGUUUGCCGACGUGUACAUGAAUAUAGUGAAUCCUGACGAUGUAGCUCUGGAUUCUAUAGAAUUGACCUUUAAGGAUCAGUACAUGGGACGCAGCGAAAUGUGGCGUUUGAAAAACAGCUUGGUAAACACUUGCGUGUACAUCAAUAAGAAGAUAGAAUUUUGUGGCGGCAGUAUACGCUGUCAAGUAUACGAAAUGUGGUCACAGGGUGAUCGUGUUGCUUGCGGCGUUAUAACAGAUGAUACUAAGGUAGUAUUUCGAUCUUCCACAAGUAUGGUAUACUUGUUUAUUCAAAUGAGCUCUGAAAUGUGGGAUUUUGACAUACAUGGAGAUCUUUACUUUGAAAAAGCAGUCAAUGGAUUUUUAGCGGAUUUAUUUCAAAAAUGGAAAAAGAAUGGCAGCAAUCAUGAAGUUACCAUAGUAUUAUUUUCAAGAACUUUUUAUAAUGCAACCAGUUUGGAGGAAUUUCCGAAUCACAUGAGGGAGUGUUUACAACACGACUACAGAGGAAGAUUUUAUGAAGAUUUUUACAGAGUCGCGGUACAAAAUGAAAGAUUUGAAGAUUGGAGUAAUAUCUUGGUACAGUUGCGUAAAUUGUUCACUGAUUAUCAAAAAAUAGUCUUGGAAUAUCACCAAAAACCAGGCAUUAAUAUUCCUACAGCAGUAAAUUCCACUGCUGCGCAAGGCAAUUUUCUGGAAGUUUUAAAUAUGUCUUUGAAUGUUUUUGAAAAACACUACUUGGAUCGCAGUUUUGAUAGAACUGGUCAGUUAUCUGUAGUUAUUACACCUGGAGUUGGAGUCUUUGAAGUUGACAGGGAGUUAACGAAUGUGACAAAGCAAAGAAUCAUUGAUAACGGUGUAGGCAGUGACUUAGUAUGCGUUGGGGAGCAACCGCUUCAUGCAGUUCCGUUACUGAAGUUUCAUAACAAAGAUUCUUCCAUAAAUGCACCAGAUGAUUAUAGUAUGCCACAUUGGAUAAAUCUCAGUUUCUAUUCCACAAACAAAAAAAUACCUUAUUCUACAUUUAUACCGCGAAUAAAGCUACCGCAAAAGGUGUCAAAAUAUCCGACGGAUAACGGAAAAUUAAAUUGCAAAACCAGACUUUUACAAGAAGAUCCAAGAGAAUGUCUGCACAAUACGUUAUUCGAUUACGAUGCUUAUGACGCACAAGUAUUUCAAUUACCAACAGUUCAUACCUCAAGUGUACAAAGGAUAAAUACAAGGAGAAAAAAAACGAGUGUGGUGUGCCUUGAAACUCAUAACAAUGGCCAUUUGUUAAAGCUCUUGAAACGUAAAAUGUCAGAUCCUGAUAUACAUCAUCCUCCACCCGAAACACAUUCGCCGCCAGUUCUUGCAUUACGAAGUGCGGCGAUAACGAUACCGCAUAAAAUUGAUGACGAUAAUACUGAAUCUAAUGAGGACCGGACUGGUGUAUCAAGGACGCCGAUCAAAAGCGAUUUGACCGACUCUGAGAUAUCUCCGCCCUUUCGACCUGUUGUUGGUAGUGCUGGUAGCCCAACAAACUCAAUUUCCCAACCAACGAACAUACUUAGGCCUGGUAGAGCAUUAAUCAAUCCUUUUGAUCCGUCACAUGUUACCAUUAAACUUACCAGCAACAGACGACGAUGGACUCAUAUAUUUCCAAAGGGGCCUACAGGAGUUUUAAUACAACAACAUCAUUACCAAGCUGUUCCAAUGCAGACUUGUUUGGAGUCACAGAGUGAGGCUACACCAUUGACUAUAAGUGGAUCUCCGAUGGAAAUUGGAGCGAAUAAUUCAAAUCAGAUUUCAAGAUCAGCAUCUCAGACAGGAUUUCAAGAUUAUACAAAAGGAAAAUUACAACGAUCUAAUGUUCCUAUAGCUAAUGGAGACAAAGCUGCAAAUCCUUCGACCAUGGCGAAAAAGAGUAUUACUCUCUUAUGGGGUGCUACUGGUGAGCAGGAAUGGACGCCUGCUCUAACAACAGCAAUCAUAGGGGUCGAUUGGAAAUCAUUGACGAUUCCCGCAUGCUUGCCCAUCACUACCGAUUACUUCCCAGACAAGCGGAGUUUACAAAACGAUUACGUCGUGUCGGAUUACAAUCUUCUCCCAGACGACGUUAAUGCUGAUUUUGCCCAACAGCGAGCAAUAUACAAAAAACCGCUCACAACCGUAGAAGUGUUUAAAGAGCUGGUCUCGCAGCGUUUGGCUCAAGGAUUCCAGUUAAUUAUUUUACCAUCGCUUAACAAGAAUCAGAACAGUGCCACUGGCAGCAAUACUAUUCCCACGAUUAGUACAGUAAUACGUGGCAGGCAAACCGAAUCCGAGCCCAAAGAGGAAUAUCUGCUUAGCAUUGGAAGAAUUUUUCACAAAAUAUCACUAUUCGAUAAUUCUAUAACUGUUACGAGAUAUCGUCCACGACACCCUUACCCACCCUUCAAUAUUCACUAUCAAUAUCGGUUUCACGCUCCUCAUCACGACACGUACGAAGUCUCGUGGGUGUCUUUCACCACAGAGAAACUUGAGACCUAUAACUGGAAUUAUCUGGACCACUACAUUUGCACACGUGGCCACACUGAUUUUGCUUUAGUAGAAGAUCUCAAAUAUGUUUUCUUUCAGGCACUCAAAUAUUGGCGGUUUCGAGUAUUUCUAUUACCCUAUAAUAAUCCUGCAACCCGCAAAAUUUUAGAAGGUUCCCCAAGAUGCGACAUAUAUUCUCCGCUUAGUAAUGCUGAACAAGCAUCACUGAUGGAUGGCUUUUUACGGUUUAUUGAAGGAUGGCUGAACAAAAUUCGACGGCCGAAUCCCAACAAAAACUGGAGCCCCACAGCUCUAGGUGGUGUCCCUCCAAGAGAUCCUGCCUCUCAUUUGACCAGACGCAGGCACAGCACGAGCCUGAUAUUCCUCACUAACCAGACCAAUCUAGUCGGCAGCUCUCCUUUCAGGGAGCGACUCGGAAGCAAUCGUCUGCCGGAGAAACCGAGACCAAGAUCUGGUUCCAAAGUGAUGGACAGAGGACGUGUGUCGCCUGCCAGCGAAGCCGUUUUGCCGUUAUCGUUGGAGCAACAACAGCAAGAUCAUUUCGACGUUAAUGACGACAAUACAAAUCAGGAGCUAACUAAGAUAAAAAGCAAUGCGACGAACGUGGAGAUUUUGGAAGCUAUGAAACAUCCUCAAACUGGUGUCGGCUUUUUAACACAACAUCCUUCGCUUCCUAGUCAAACGUUUGUUAGUGCCGAUGCGAUUCAGUGGUUAAACAACCACAUAGAAGGCGGCGUGGGGGUUGAACGGGGUAUUAAUAUCAUGAAGGGGAUGAUUCAAGACAAAUUGAUAUGCCAUGCGUCCGGCGACUUUUCGCAACCAUUUGUCCUAGGAUUUUAUUUGUAUCACAUUGUGCAAGAUAAAGAAAAUCAAAAAGCCGCAGAUUAUUCUGCUCCACUCGGGAAUCUGCAAAGUUUUGAAAACGAAUGGGUGGAGGUUGAGAUGAGACCGCCAAAAGGAUGGUGCGAACCAUCUUCGACAAUAUUGUCGACAGUGUUAACUCCUAUAACAAUACCUAGCUGCGAUGCUAUUGAUGAAUCUAACGUUCCACCUUUUUUAAGAGACGACAUCGAUUUGACCGAAUCGAUGGACGAUAGAAAUUGUACAGUGCCAUUGUAUAAACAUACUCAUCUGGACAUUGACAUCAAUAAUAAAAGUGACAGAAUUGAAUGGGGUCACUUAAGAUAUCAGUCCGUUUACAAAGUAGAUAAUUCUUAUGAACUCGUAGUGCAAUGGGUAGCAUCAUCCGGCAGUAUAGUAGCUGAUCUGAUAUUCGUUUGGCAACGCAAAGCUCAAAUGUGUGGAAUACAGAUGGUACCGAUUCCCAGUGAUUUGUUAGCGCUACCAUAUACUUUAAAGAGCGAUCCUCUCAGAGGACCUAUUUUUAUACCACUUGAUAUAGAGUGUUUGAUGGCAAAUAAGCGGCACCUUUUUGAAGAAUUCCGGGAAGAUACCUAUGCGCAAAGGCUAUUUUUACUCCAAAAAAAUAUUCUGAAGAGAUUCGGUUUCAUGCCGUGCUUAGUUGAAAAUUGCGAAAAUGAUCGUCAGUAUGUUCACGUCACUGGUAAUGCAUUUAUAUUGGUGUCAUCCACCACGAAUACUCGACCUCGUCCACGAACCGGUACCAAUGUCAUGCGGCGAAAUACAGGUCAGAAAAGAUACCCUGUCCAUCCGGACCAAUCUAGUCCGCACGAAGCGUACAUUACCAGACAUGUUGGAGGAAAAAAGGACGAUUAUAGUAUAGAUAGAAAAGUGGGCUUUUUAUGGUCUUGGAAUCAUAUGGUAAGCCGCAAGUGGAAGUCAUUGUCUCUUUCAGCGGGCGACGAAUUUUUUAACAAGAAAAUUAUACAGGAUUUUCGACACUUUUGUUCCAAUGGAGAUAAUAGGCUCAAAGAGUUCUGGGAAUCUAGUUGGGAGUUAAAGGAAAAAACUUGUACAAAAGCACAGUAGCAAGAUAUUGUUUUUUAAUAUUUCGUCCAAAGAUUUAUUAAGUUAUCGCUGAUUGUUUAUGUACAUUUCAUAAAAUUGUUAUUGUUGCCAUUUAUGAUCAUAUUAGUCUUAGUUUAUGAAAAGUACAAUUAUACACCAAUAUUUCUACGAUAUAAUUGGCAUAACUGUUGUAAGCAGUAAAAGCAGGAUGAAAAUAUAAAUGUAUAAUAUUAUUAUAUAAUAUAACUAUACAAUAUUAUUAUAUAUUAUAUAUUUUAAUAUUAUAUAAACUAGCGCCAGAGCGAUUCGUGAUUUAAGAACGUGAAUAAUAAAUGAACAAAUUUAUUGAAUUUGUUGCAUUUUUUGUUAUUGUUAUGUAAACAGCGAUUUUUUUACGAAUUCAUGUGAAAUCAAAGGGCGAAUCAUCACGAAUUAUUUAAUUUGUAUUGGUACGUAGGUCGAUAUACAUAAUCCGACCUUAUACAUUUAAGAUUGUCAUAAGUGCGAUCUCAAAGUGCUUUACAAUAAUUUUAUUAUAUACAUGUAGCCUGAUGAAAUUUUAAGGCUACCCAUAAAAUUUAUACUGUACAAACGAUAAUUUGAUCAUGAUCUAGUACUAGAUUUACGAUUAAAUGAUAUAAUGCCGAAUCUAUAUACGGUAAAUCGUUUACCGUCAUUCAAGAGUGAGAAAAACUAGGAUAUUUUUAAAAUACUGUAAUAAAAUAUGUUGAAUUAUAAAAGGAAGAAAAAAUUGAAAAUCAA